GAAGAGAUUCUUAAGUGAGAAAGAAACUUCCAAGGCUAGUUUGCCAAAGAAAAAUGGGCACCAAGGGCAAAGUUAUUAAAUGCAAAGCAGCUAUUGCCUGGGAAGCAGGCAAGCCCCUCUGCAUAGAAGAGGUCGAGGUAGCUCCUCCCAAGGCUCAUGAAGUUCGCGUCCAGAUAAUCGCCACUGCCCUGUGCCAUACUGACGCCCAUCCGAUCAAUCCUAAAUUUAAAGAGGCCCUCUUCCCAGUGAUCCUUGGCCAUGAGGGCGCAGGAAUUGUGGAAAGUGUUGGGCCAGGAGUGACCAGUUUCAAACCAGGUGACAAAGUAAUUCCACUCUACAUGGCUCAAUGUGGAAAAUGCAAGUUCUGUCUGAGUCCACUCACAAAUUUCUGUACAAAACUCAGUCUAGUCAAAAAUCCUAUUGUUGAUCAAGAACUAAUGCAAGACAAAACCAGCAGGUUUACCUGCAAAGGAAAACCAAUUUACCAUUUCAUGGGAACCAGCACCUUCACUCAGUACACCGUCGUGUCAGAUAUUAAUCUUGCCAAAAUUGAUGAUGAUGCAAAUUUAGAGAGAGUUUGUCUGUUAGGAUGUGGGUUUUCAACUGGCUAUGGAGCUGCAAUCAACACUGCCAAGGUCACCCCUGGUUCUACUUGUGCCAUCUUUGGCCUAGGAGGUGUUGGUCUUUCUGCUAUAAUGGGUUGUAAAGUAGCAGGAGCUUCCAGAAUUAUAGCUAUUGACAUCAACAGUGAGAAGUUUACAAAGGCCAAAGCCCUCGGAGCCACUGACUGCCUCAAUCCUAGAAACCUACAUAAACCCAUCCAGGAGGUCAUCAUUGAAAUGACCAAAGGAGGGGUGGAUUUUGCCCUUGAUUGUGCAGGUGGACCUGAAGCCAUGAGAGCAGCCCUGGACUGUACAACAGCAGGUUGGGGAACAUGUACUUUCAUCGGGGUAGACUCUGAAAUUAGAGGAUUGACUAUAUCUCCAGUGGAGCUCAUAAUGGGCCGUACCAUAAAUGGAACAUGCUUUGGUGGUUGGAAAAGCAUUGAUUCUAUUCCAAAGCUGGUUACUGACUACAAGAAUAAGAUAUUUGAUCUGGAUAUAUUGGUGACCCAUACCCUGCCUUUUGACAAAAUCAAUGAGGCAUUUGACCUAAUGAACCAAGGCAAAAGCAUUCGAAUAGUCCUGACCUUUUGA